GUAACACAUCAGUUAUAUUUGUAACCGUUCGUUCCAUUGGAUAUGGCGAACACAGGUGACCAAUCGCACAGCUCAACAAACGUGAAGGGAUUCAAUGCGGAAAUCAAUGGGGUCAUCGUCAGAUCAUAGGAGAGGUACCGUCGGCGAUCAUCCGGCAAUGGGGAUUCUCAACCCAUGAAUACGUAACAGCAUUAUAAUGAUGUAAUCAGCUCCACCUAAAAUGUGACAAAUAUGGUUCCCGGCAGUAGGCCACACUGCAUCUAAAUCGAUAAUUCAAAACCAUACCAUGGAUCCAGCUGGGAUAAUUUUCAUUGGAAUAUAGAUCUGCAUCCUGGGAGGGUUGAAUCUGUCAUCAUGGACUCGGAGAAGAUCGAGCGUUUACGGGAACGCCUGCUCGUCUGCCCGAUAUGCAUGGAUGAGUACAAGGAUCCGCGCCUCCUGCCCUGCCACCACACCGUCUGCCUCGAGUGCAUCCGGAACUAUUUACAGGCGUCCUCGGUCACCGGGCGCAUGUUCCGCUGCCCGCAGUGCAGAUACGACGUCUGCGUCCCCAGAGAAGGAAUCAAGGAGUUCCCUUUGAAUUUCUACAUCAUCAGUCUGCAGGACGAGCUGGGUACGAAGUCGUACCACGACUGUUGUGAUAUAUGCAAGAGAGACUGGAUGGUGUCGCAGUUCAGAUGCGUCGAUUGUGAUUUGGUCAUCUGCAAGUUCUGUAUUCACGAACACAAACUCUUUGAACACGACGUGUCUAAGAAUUAUAACAUAAUGAGGAUCGAGAUUAGUCCUGCAGAUUUCCACAUGUCUUCCACGAGAAGUUGUCCAAGACACAUGGAAGAACUACUGCAGCUCUACUGUAACACGUGCGACAAACCGGUCUGCAUUGUUUGCAUGUGCGAAGAUCACAAACGACACGACACCAUUUCGAUGUCCAAUAAACUAACACAGGCUCGAACCUAUCUGCAGAAUGAGCUUGACAGACUAACAACGGAGAAGCGAGCGGCACUGAAAGCGUUGGAAGAUGUCCAGACGACUUCUGAUUCAUUGGGCAAGUGGACGCGCCAGACGACAGACGACAUCAUGGAACGGGCAAAACGUCUACACGAGAAAAUAGACACUCUUGCUCAAAUUCAAAUUGGUCAGGUUACCGAGGGAGAGAAAGAGAACAUCCACGAACUUAACAUGUAUAGCAAAGACCUAAAGACGUACUCUGAGGACGUUGACAAGGGAUUACGUUUCUUGGAGGAUCUUCAGGAGGGAGACAUGUGCUUGGAACUUCUCGACUGUUACGGCAGGUACAACAAUGACUUGAACAACGCGAAGAGCAAGUCUGCCAACAAGAAAAUGUCCAUGAAGAAGGUCAACUUCCAGCCUGGUUGGGACAUCCAGUUCCAGAAACACUUCUUUGGAAACUUUGGAGAACUGGAUUUGGAGACGUCAGAGCAGACGUUUCUCUGCAACAAGACCGAGAAGGAGUACAGUUCGGCGUGGCGUCGACUCUUGACUGCAGUGACGCCACGCAACGUCGCCAUUACCCUUGUCGUCUGGUCUAUGCUCGUCACCUUCUACGCACUGGGCUUUGCCUACGUUGCUGACAGGACAGAUGCCUGGGAAGUUUUUGCUUGCUUGCUAGUAUGCGCUUAUCUGUAUGGUGCUUCCUAUUUUGCAUACAGAAAAUCGUAAACAUUUGUAUUUGAACUGUUACAAACAUAAUCUGCCAGCCGCUGUUCAUUAUUUAUUUUUUAUAUGUGUGGCAUAAUUUUAUAUACUUCUGUUUUCAUCAUUACCAAAGAUUUUAGAACUCUUAUCUAUGCCUUAACUCAUUAGUGGUUUUGCUUGACGUAUGUAUAUUAAUGCCUUUGAUCAACGUAACGCCAUAUAACCGUAAUUAAAAUGUGUUAAGUGCGUCGUUAAAUAAAACAUUUCCAUUUGAUCAACGUAAUGAAUUUAGGCUACUCUUUAUAAAUGUCGACUAAAUGUUGUCCGUCUGUAACUGCUCAACAUGUAAUAUACCAGCAAGCCAAAUCAUACAGUUGGUAAUCAUACUGUUGGGAUGCUUAGUACAUUUUAUUUUUGCAUGGUAUUAAUGAAGUAGGAACGAUAUGUGGAAAUGGGAACAUGCUUUAGUAUUAUUUUUUUAAUUUAAAGUGCUGAGUGUGCAGUGUGCAGAAUUUUCAUACACUGCUAAUACGGACUCAGUCAUCUUAACAAAAGCUGUGAAUAACAAAUUGUUCAUAGGCGUCGGAAGCGGCAUCGAAUCCCAACUGCAGUUAAUGCACUGUCUCCCUCACCCUACCCCUUCCCACCCCUCUGAUGAAUGGCGAAUUAAUAUUAAUAUAAUAUAUAAUAUCUUCCGACGCCUAUGUUAUUGCUAAUACACAAGCGGUUUCCAUUACAUCGAUGAUUCCAGAAAUAUUUUUUACAAAAUGUAAAAAAAUUGACGAAGGCUAAUUAAAACAAAUUGAUAUUGUUAGUAUAUAUACGUGCCUUGUUUAAAAACAUUUGUUGUUAUUUUGUAUUAGCAUUAUCGCAUGACUGGACCGAAAUGGAACACUAAUCAGUAAUAAAUUAAAUACAACGUAA